CCACGACCGUCUUUUAUCAUUUACCAUCAUUGCCUAGUGGCCGGUGUUCAUAUCGCGCUCGGCAUUGAGCUGAAAUAAUCCAGCUACGCGUAUCAUGACUUCAGCGCCGACAAAUCCAGUGGACGUUCCCCCGUAUCAGAUUCAAAAUCUCAUCACGGGCGCCUCUGAGUCGGGUCUUGUUACGUCGGAAGUGAGAUGCGCCCAAGCUCUAGGUUCUGAGAUAUACGUCGGUUUCGCAAACGGGGAACUUGUCCGGUUCUCUCUGCAGGCUGACGAUCCCAACAAGCUCGAGUCUUAUACAGUGCUCUCAAGGCAGACACUUCCAAACGACAAGGCUGUCGACGAAAUAGUCCUUCUGCCCUGUAUAUCGCGAGCCCUAAUUCUUUCUGAUAAUCAAAUUCACUUCUUCACCAUCCCUUCCCUCGAUGGCGUUGUCAUUAAACCUAUCCGACACGUCGUUACAUUCGCUGUGGAUCACCAGCAUCUCAGACGUCCUGCAGCCUCGCCAUCUACGCCGACGCAUCUGUUGGAAGCUGUUGAAUUUACGGUGAUCAAAAGAAAUGCCCUCUCAAUGUAUGCUUUACGUGAAAAACUCUUCUACCUCAAGGAAAUUCCUCUUCCACAAGGUGCCUCUCUUGCCCGACGUACAGGUCAAUCUCUCUGCAUUGCCGGAAGAACGGAGUACCAAAUCAUAGACCUCGAAAAGGCCUCAAUGUUCGACAUCAUACCUAUUUCUCAAGCUUUGGAACCCCCCCAGUUUCCCAUUAAACCCUCAAUCACUGUGAUAGAUACUAACGAAUUCCUCAUACUCUCAUACACGGGGAUGAGUACCCUAGGACUAUUCAUAACAUCCAACGGAGAUCCUGUCCGCGGAACACUACAAUGGCCACAGCAUCCGGAGUCGGUGUGCUACGAUUACCCUUACAUCACGUCUCUGUUGCCCAAUGGCACGAUAGAGGUUCAUGCCAUUGAGACGCAGAACAUCGUCCAAGUUAUACCUGCGCCGGUCCCGUCCUCGGAUAUCGAAUCCAUACAAAGGAAGAAGCUGAUCCCAUCUCUCCAAGGUUAUCUCGUCCCCUCCGCUGAGAAAUCGGCAAAAAUGCGGACUGUUCCUGUAAAUCUGCGCCGAGAGCGAUUUGAUAUAUAGAUAUCAUGCCAAUUGACUCGUCUACGGAAUGGGAAGUGCAUCAGAAAUUUGCUGCGAGACUGCAAACACCGCAAGACACAGACUUGAGGGCGCGACAAAACGAAUGUGGUGCUAGUGUACAUGAGCUGUCCUAGGACAGCUAAGCGUAGGCGAAUUCCUCGCGAUGCGCUAACGCCUCGAGCACCGAUAAUCCCUAGAAUUAGGUUGCAUAGACACGCCCCGUCUCUGUGACACUUUCCAAACCAAGUUGACUUUCUCAUUCCUCGUAUCAUCGGGAAUGGCGCACGAAUUUAAAGGAUGGCUUGAGGUAUCUCUGGACGCGUCAUUAGGCCAUUUACAGGCAGAACCGACGUAAGACUUUUAGACUUUGGUCACUCUUGAAAAAGGAUCGGAGUGCUGUAUGGAACGAGCAAUGCAGCUCUGAGUCUGAUGAUGGAAAGAAGGAAGAAUAAAGAAGACGUGGUUUUCAGUCUC